AUGUCAGUUGGAGAAAAACCUGUCAUGAACGUCGAUGAUCUAUAUAUUGUGCUACAUCAUCACUGGACGAAAGAUACAACACCAUAUCCCGAUGGUCGGCAAAUCAUCCAGCUUGCUUUCCUUCUGUUGGUUUCAGCUUAUACCGGAAGCCGGCCAGGGGCACUAGUCUAUGUCGAAAAAAACGAGCGAACUAAUGUCCGGCACUUCUUUAGCAUUACUGACGAAGGUGAAGAGGAUCAUGAAGAGGAUUGGGAUCUUAGGGACGAGGAUCUCAAGACUCUCUGUUAUGGCCAGAUUAACCUGGUUCUGCUACCAAAUCCUGGUGGACUCCGUGAUCACCUUGUAAUGGAAGUCGAUUUGAAGCAUACCAAGGGCCAUUAUAGCAGGCCAAAAAGAAAAAUCUUUUUGAUGUCAGAAGUGAAGCAGCCUAUCUUCGACAUCGUAAUUCUGGUACUUGCAAUGGCGAUUAUGGACGGGGCAUUCAGAAGUAACGUUUGCUCUGUGGAAGAUAUUUUCAGGACCCGCGUAUCCCCACCACGCCGUUCUCUGAAAUUGGAUUUCAAACCAGAGAAACACAACGUGCCCAUCUGUCGCCAACCUGUUUCGACCUCUUCCGGUAUGGGUACUCACGACAUGAAACCUCUCAAGUAUCAUACCUACCUUUACUUUCUUCAGCGGCUGAGCCUAGCUGUUGGGAUGAUUCGCGCUAUGAAACCCUACGAUCUACGGCGGGGUACAGGCGAAGCUGUCGACAAGACCGCAUCCCUUCCUUUGCUCCAGCAGGUGAUGGGUCACGUCUACGCCAGCACAUUUCAAAAAUACAUGAACCAACGUGUCCAGAGCCACGUCCAAGCCGCAUUCCUUGGAAUACCUUCGGAAGAUGCAUUGAUGAAUAUUCUUAGUCACCAGAGCCGCUACAUUGAUCCUCGGGCCCCUUCUAAAUACGAUGAUUUGUCCGAGGCCGCGAGGACGUCGCUGUCAAAUCACCCCGAGAUAUCCCGCCUACAACAAAUGCGUGACUCCCUUGCCGUGGAAGCCAGAGAGCUGUACGGAUCCAUGAAAAAUGCCGCGGGUACCAAAAUCGGAGAGCUUAAAAGCAAGGCAGAAGCUGCAUUAAGGGCUGCUAAGAAACAACUGAAGGAGGCCACAUUUAAUAGCGCUCGAAAUGAAUUUUUUGCCACCAUUGACACCCUGGAAGUCAAUAAACAACUCGAUCCUUCGCUCUUGGAUAUGGACCAGAAAUCAUAUGAACCAAAGAACAUUGUUCAUGUCCUCAAGGAGCGCCAAGAUGUGGCAGAGUUGAUGCGAUUGCCUUUACAGAAUCUUUCCGAGGAAGACGAACUGGCACAACGCAUCCUUCUUAUCAAUGCAUUGAUCGAGCUUGGCCGAGUCGAGAAGGUACCAUCAGAAAGCAUUGUUACUAGAAUAAACAAGGAGUGUGCAGCCCAAAUCGAGCCAAACUUGUCGGCUCGAACUUUUUCUCAGCCUGAAGAAGACUCUGCAUCACCAGGGCCUCGCGACCGUCCAAUCUCUCUAACAAAUCGACACUGCCUUUUCUGCGUCUUCGAGCCCCACUACCAGUGCUAUUUUGCGUCCCCUCGGAAAGCCAGAGAACACUUCGAGAAACACCUCCGCGGAUUAAAAUGGGACGAUCUUAUACCGUGUCCAGAUAAAAUUUGCAAAAUCCCCUUACGCGGACACCAAGGACUUAAAAGUCAUGCUGAGCGCGUCCACUCCGUGCGCUAUUUCACUGAGGCACAACGCAUCAAAGCUGGCUUAUAA